AUGUGGUUGGCCACUCAAACGCGGCCGGACAUUGCGAACGCAGUUCGAGCAGAAGUGCGGUAUUGCGCGUCUCGCAAGAUGGUGCACUGGAAGGCAGCACUCGGUAUUUUAGAGUACGUACGCAGGACGAGUUGGAUGGGGAUUACAUUUGAGAGGGGCGUCGUGACAGGUAUGAGCAUGCAGGUGUUUGUGGAUGCCGACUAUGCAAGCAAGGCGGCAGACCGGAGGUCGGUAUCAGGGGGGCUAGUGAUGUGUGGGGGCGUGUGUGUGACUUGGUUUUCACGAACGCAGAAAUGCGUCACCCUUUCCACCACGGAAGCAGAGUAUGUGGCAAUUGCCGACGUCUUGAAGGAAGUGUUGUUCUUGAGGCAGGUGUGGCAUUUGAUGUUGCAAGAUGCGAGUAUGCCGUGCAUCCCGGUGUUCCAGGAUAAUCAGGGAGCGAUUCAGAUUGCGCACAACCCGAUCACGAACUCCAACUCGAAGCACAUCGAUGUACGGCAUCACUUUAUCAGGGAGCUGGUAGAGAGGAAAGUUAUUUCAAUUACUCAUCAUGUGCCGACGCAAUUUCAGCAUGCAGAUUUCUUGACGAAGGCUAUUAGCAAGGAGUCUUUUGCGUUGCACCGUGACUUUGUGAUGAACUUGCAGUGA